CCGGAGGCGGAUCCUAGGUUGGACUUCCACGCGAAGGCCAUCAAACUGUCCCUUGUGGGUUCCUAGCAUCAUCAGGCACCAGGAAUUCCUUUCCAAGUUUUAAUUUCCAGAGUAUCUGAGUAUUCUAGUCUGAAACCGCACAGCUGCUGUUUCCCCACGCACACCCACCUCCCAUUACCCAUUUUAAAAAGCGCGAAAGGGGCCUGAUUUUUUUCGCGAGGCCGGGUUUGCUUCCUCGUUCGUGGAGUACCCGGCUCAUUCUAAUGCACCCCUCAAUCCUGCCAGCAGCCUGUAACUCCUGACCCCCCGCGUGUAGGAGGUGCAGUCCUGAGGGGCGCUGGGCCUCACAGGGGCUGAGCACGCGGGUGGAGGGGACCGGCCACUGCUGCCGCGCUCCGCGAUGCCGGGGGCGGGGCCCGUGGGUACAGACGCCGCGCACGUGACUUGGGCCCAGCACCUGGAGCCCCGCCCCUCCCCUCCCAGGCCAUAAAAGCGCCGGUUCCCAGUGGCCCGGCGAGAUGAAACUUCCAUUCCAGCGGCUCCGGCGUCACCAGGGUCCAGCCUGCACUUGCCUGUCCAGGCCAGGACGCUGGCUCAACAUCUGUGACUUUGUGUUUGCUCCCGCCACAUCUGUAGCCAUCAUAGCCGAGGAAUCCACAUCUAGGCAACGUGGUGGCUACAAGUUCUUCUCAACCCACACCAGUGAUCCCUAACACCUGACACCUGGUCACACUGCCUAACACCUGUAGUGACACACAUAAUACCUGACUGUCCCUGGACUGUCCUAGUAGAGGGAGCAAUGGCCCUGACUCCUGAGAGAGGGGCUCGAGUGCUAUUUGGAGAGUGGCUUCUGCAUGAGAUCAGCAGUGGCCACUACGAGGGGCUGACCUGGCUGGAUGAGGCCCACACCCGCUUUCGGGUGCCCUGGAAGCACUUUGGGCGCAGGGACCUAGGCGAAGCUGAUGCCCGCAUCUUCAAGGCUUGGGCAGUGGCCCGGGGCAGGUGGCCACUCAGCAGCAGAGGUGACCAGCUGCCCCCUGAGGCUGCACAGAGAGCGGGCUGGAAAACCAACUUCCGCUGUGCCCUGCACAGCACGAAACGCUUUAAGUUGCUAGAAGACAACUCCUGGGACCUCCUGGACCCUCACAAGGUGUAUGCCCUCAGAUCAACAUGGGGCUGGAGAGACCCAGGCAUCCACCUGAGUGAGGAAGACACCCUCCAGGAUGCCUCCCCCACACAGGGUGGGUCCCCAGGGCCACUCCCACCAAAAGGAGACCCUGAGCUGCAAGUCCCGUGCCCACUUCCUGCCCCAGCUGGUGAUGUGGGGGACCUCUUGCUCCAGGCUGUGCAGCAGAGUUGCCUGGGGGACCAUCUGAAAGCUGUGUGUGGGGCAGACCUGGUCUUGCCACAGGCUCCUGGAGGGCCAGCUCUAAGCAGGGACUGUGUAGGCCCACAGCUCCCUGCUGGGGAGCCACAUGCAGCAUGGGCUAUGGAAGCCACCCCUCAUCUUCGGCCCCAGCCCCGGGCUCCAGAGCCCCCACAUCAGGCAGAGCCCCACCCGGUUCCUGGCCCCGGCAUGUGCCCUGUCGUGGGAGAGCCCAGCCCAGGGGUGCUGGAGGUGACCGUCAUGUACAAAGGCCGCGCAGUGCUACAGGAGGUAGUGGUGUGUCCACGUUUCGUGCUUCUGUAUGGUGCCCCAGGCCCAGCUGUCCAGGCUGCAGAGCCCCAGCACGUGGUGUUCCCUAGCCCUGCGGCACUCCCUGACCAGAAGCAGCUACGCUACACAGAGGAGCUGCUGAGGCACGUGGCCCCCGGGCUUCAGCUGGAGCUGCGGGGGCUGCAGCUCUGGGCCCGGCGCAUGGGCAAAUGCAAGGUGUACUGGGAGGUGGGCAGCCCCCUGGGCUCCGCCAGCCCCUCCACCCCCGCCUGCUUGCUGCCAAGGAACCACGACACUCCCAUCUUUGACUUCAGCACCUUCUUCCAAGAGCUGGUGGAAUUCCAGGCACGGCGGCGCCGAGGGUCCCCCCACUACACCAUCUACCUAGGCUUCGGGCAGGACCUGUCUGCUGGGAGGCCCAAGGAGAAAAGCCUAGUUCUGGUGAAGCUGGAACCAUGGCUUUGCCGCGCCUACCUGGAAGGUGUGCAACGUGAAGGUGUGUCCUCCCUCGACAGUAGCCUCAGCCUGUGCCUGUCCAGCACCAGCAGUCUCUACGAUGACAUCGAGCGCUUCCUCAUGGAGCUGGAGCAGCUCGCCUAAGCAGGCCUCCAACCCCCCAUCUAUUAAUAAAGAGGACCCCACAACUAGCACUGGUGUCCUGACUGAAGGUUGGCUUGGGGGUCCAGUUUCUGGCUGCCUAUCAUCUCCCCCUUUGACCUGACACAGCCCAGGGAGGUGACCCCACUCCCUUGCACACUGUGGCCUUC